GCUCCUGCAUCUUCCUCUCUUUCUCUAAGCAUCUCCUCUUCCACAUCUUACCGUUUCGAAUCCAUCCUUGUUAUCGAUUUUAUAUCUACUACUUCUCAUUCAGUUUGAUUUGCGACCAUGGCCGAGCAGGCAAAGCUACCAGACCAGGCCCAGCCAGUUCCUGAGACCCAGGUCCCGGACAACGGCAAGCCUGAGCAGCAGCCCACCGCAACCGAGUCCGCGCCUGCACCGGAACCUGCCACUACAGAGCCCACCACUGCUGCAACUGCUCCUUCAGCUGUAGAUGGUACCGGAGAAACUGCUCCUGCUGCACCUGAGCCCGCAGCUGCGCCAGUAGCAGCCGCAGCCGCAGCUCCAGCUCCAGAGCCUACCAAGUCCGAACCGCAGCCCGCAGUUGGUGAACAGAGCGAACCCGCGAAGAAAGAUGAGCCCGCAAAGCCUGAAUACUUCACCAAAACUCCUGCACUCGAGCAGUUCUUCGAUCGUCUCCCUACCAUUCUUUCCAAUACCGGCCAUCAGGAGAUGUGGGGUGUACCCCUGAAGCAUGAAGUUACCGAUAUCCCCACAAUCAACGUCCUUAUCAAAUUCCUCCGAGCAAACGCCGGUGACCUUAAAGCUGCAGAGGAUCAGCUAAGCAAGGCUUUGACCUGGCGCAAAGAGAACGAUCCCAUUGCUUUGGCUGAUGCGUCAAAGAACAGCUAUGAUGCAUCCAAGUUCAAAGGGUUGGGAUACCUGACUACCUAUCAGCGCGAGGGGAAGGGUGAUUUGGUUGUCACUUGGAAUAUCUAUGGUGCUGUCAAGAAGUUUGACGAAACCUUCGGCGAUAUCACUGAGUUUAUCAAGUGGCGCGCAGCUCUUAUGGAACUAGCUGUCCAGGAGCUUAAGCUGGACCAGGCUACGUCAGUCAUUGACUACGAUGGCGAGGACCCCUAUCAAAUGAUCCAAGUCCACGACUACUUAAAUGUCAGCUUUCUCCGCAUGAACCCGAACGUCAAGGCGGCAACCAAGAAGACCAUUGACGUCUUCAGUACCGCUUACCCGGAGCUUCUGCGCGAAAAGUUCUUCGUCAACGUCCCAGCCAUUAUGGGCUGGAUGUUUGCUGUAAUGAAAGUAUUUGUCAACCAGAACACCGCCCGCAAGUUCCAUCCCAUUUCCAACGGCGCAAACCUCGCGAAGGAGUUCCCUGCUGGAGUGGCAGAGAAAUUCCCCAAGGCUUAUGGAGGUUCUGCUCCGGAUCUGGAGAGCUCUGCGCGGACUGUUGCUCUUAAAGAGGUGAAAGAGGAAAAGAAGGAAGAACCGAAGGAGGGAUCUAAGGAGGAGCAGAAGGGGGAGCAGAAGGGGGAGUGACCACACCGACUGUGUCGCGAGUCAGAGCUGGGUGGGGAGCUUGUUUGUGUUUGCGUCUCUUGCUACCAUGAUACCUCUUAGAAUUGUUAUUACGGGCGAGCGCAUGGAGUAUUUUCCAGACUGGCUUUUCUGUUGGACUCCUCGCCGCCUUUUUAGUUGUAUAAUUAAUCUCUAUUCAG